AUGGACAACAGGCCUGCUUCCGAGUACGCGCAGUCAGGUUCGCUCUCACCGUAUCCAACGUCUACCGCGACGCAUUCUGAAUUCACAGCCGCAGACCAGGCAUCUGCUGCUGCCCCUGCUCAAUACACUCCUCAGCCCGAGUCUCGCCCAAACCCUCAGUAUACGCCGCAACCUGAGGUUCGACCCGGCACUUCCUCCAACACGCCUCAGUCCGACUACAACCUCAACCAGCCUCCUCCCGCCGCGCGCUCGCCCGCAUAUCCUGAGUACCUGGCCCGCCCGCCUCAAUACCACCACGCGCCCAACUCUCAACCCGGAGGUGCGCCAGGUAUGGCUCAAGCCACAAGUCCGUCCAUGAACACCCUGAACGAUGGGCACCAAAAUGGCCAUCGCAAUCAGUCGAACGUGAAGUCUGACGGAGACGUUCCUAUAGAUCCCUCGAUUGCGGCCUCAAGCCCAACCUAUCCUCCUCCUUACUCGCCUUUCAACCCUCAAGGCCAGGAAAUGGCCGCCGCUCAUUAUCAGGGCCACCCGCCCCCUCCGCCUCCACAGAUGUAUGCGCGUCCAGAAUGGUCGCAUGGCUAUCCGCAACAUCAACACGCUCUUCCGGGACCUUACAGCUCCCCUGCCACAACGGUUGGUCCCGCCUCCCCUGCUGCCACCGCAGGGCCGCGCCCUGGCCAGGUUUACUCGUUUGUUCCGAUUCCCGGUGCUCAACAGCAUAAGCGACCUCGCCGUCGUUAUGAGGAGAUUGAGCGUAUGUACAAGUGUGGAUGGAAUGGCUGCGAGAAGGCAUACGGCACACUCAACCAUUUGAACGCCCACGUUACCAUGCAGUCUCAUGGCCAAAAGCGAACUCCAGAAGAAUUCAAGGAAAUCCGCAAGGAGUGGAAGCAGCGGAAGAAGGAGGAGGAAGCCCAACGCAAGGUUGCUGAAGAGCGCGAGCGUGCCGCCGCCGCCGCCGCUGUUCAAAGCCAGAUGGACGCCUCUGGCCAGCCGGAUCUUUCACAGGGCGGCCAGCCUCCUCAGUACCCUGGCGGUGUCCGACCUCAACUACCCCCGAUCGGAUACCAGCCUGCUGAUGGCCAGGCUCCUGGUCAAUACGGCGCUGGUGCUGGUGGCAUGCCCUACCAGGGUAACGGGCAAGUGGGAUACCCUCCGAACUACCCGCACUCGCCUUACGGGCAGAGCGGUCAAGUCUAUCAGCAACGUAAGUAG